CGGGACUCUGCCCACCCCUUGUCAGAAGACUCGGAGCCGGGCAUGGCUUUUACGCGCAGACCUCCGUGCUCCGACCCUCAUGUGAUGACACCUUUUUUAAUCUGAGCGUGUUUUUUUGGAUACUCAGCAACUUUUUUUUGAUUUUGUAAUGUUUUUUAUUUUUCUUCAACACGUGGGAAUGUUCCGUCCAGAUCCAUAGAGGACCAACUUUGGGUUAAUAUGAACUUAUUGCCAAGUGGAUUAUGUUUUUACUUAUCUGUAGCAAUUUGCUGGCUGAUGGCCGAGGUCGAUGCGUCCUGGUGGUACAUGGGCACCCUAGGCUCACAGGUGAUGUGCGACAACAUCCCCGGUCUGGUGAACAAGCAGCGCCAGCUGUGUCGCCAGCACCCAAAAGUGAUGCAGGCCAUCGGCGCCGGGAUGAAGGACUGGAUCUCAGAGUGCCAGCACCAGUUCCGCAACCACCGCUGGAACUGCAACACCACGGCCAGGGACCACAACCUGUUCGGACGCCUGCUUCUGCGCAGUAGCCGCGAGGUGGCCUUCAUGUACGCCAUCUCCUCAGCAGGUGUGGUUUACACCUUAGCACGAGCCUGCAGCCAGGGUGAUCUGGAGUCCUGCUCCUGCGAUCCCACCAAGAAGGGUUCCUCCAUGGAUGCCAAGGGCUCCUUUGACUGGGGCGGCUGCAGCGACCACGUGGACCACGCCAUGCGCUUCAGUCAGGCGUUUGUGGAUGCCAAGGAGAAGAAGGAGAGGGACGCCCGGGCGCUCAUGAACGUGCACAACAACAGAGCUGGCAGGAAGGCGGUGAAGCGCUUCAUGACUCUGGAGUGUAAAUGUCACGGUGUCAGCGGCUCAUGCAGCGUUAGGACUUGCUGGUUGGCCAUGGCUGAUUUCAGGCGCACCGGCGACCACCUCCGCAAGAGGUACAACGGCGCCGUGCAGGUGGCCGUCAACCAGUACGGCACUGGAUUCACCGCUGCGCACACGCACUUCAAACGACCCAGCAAGAACGAUCUGGUGUACUUUGAGGACUCGCCAGACUACUGCAUACGGGACCACGAGUCAGGGUCGAUGGGGACGGCAGGUCGGAUCUGCAACCGGACGUCUCGCGGCAUGGACGGCUGCGAGGUCAUGUGCUGCGGGCGGGGCUACGACACGUCACGGGUCAGCAGGACCACCAAGUGCGAGUGCAAGUUCCACUGGUGCUGCGCCGUGCACUGCCGAGACUGCCACCAGCAGGUCGACGUGCACACCUGCAAGGGCCAGACGUGACCUCGCCACACCUGGACUCUACUGACCGGCUCGGGUCUGGGGCUGCAGAGUUCUGACGCUUUGUUGACUUGUUGCUUAUCCUUCGUUUCAGAGGCUUCCCAUAGAUCCGCCCGUCAGUCACACGUAGGUAGGGUGUUGAUGUUUCUCCAGGUAGUGCGUCUUUCUUACUUCAGCCAUGAUGUUUUUCUGCUGCUUGUGCUAAUCACGCUCCUUCUUCAAACACAAGAUGAUGAUGAAACACAUCUAUCCCUGAUAAUCAGAGUAGAAAAAGGAUGUUUGCAUUCAUUAUUUCUCUAAAUAUAUCAUCCAAUACAAGCCGCACUGACAACAACUACACUGGUUUUAAAGAGUGACUGUCCUGAAGCUAGAUAUUACCCUCUCUUUUUAUCCUACAAAACCUCCUCAGACUUCUCCUCCACAGACGUCAGAAACAGUGAUCACGCCACAGACAGUGAUGAUGUCACCCAUUGCUUUGUGGACUGCUGUUUUGAAGGUCACAGUUUGGCCGAUCACUCGCGCCUUGAGGCACAAAGUGAGAAUAUUUGGACAAGAGGGAGCUGGAGGGUGGUAAAUGAAACAUAAUCAGCCAUCGUUAGUGAUCGCUUGAUAGUAAAGUCGCAUCGGUUGCUCACAUGGACUGUAUAUACCCGUCAUUAUGAACUU